UCAAGUUCGCAUUGAAGUUUACCUUAACGUUUGUUCCGCUUAAAGUUGCCGAACCAUGACAAAGAAGUUCGAAUUUAAUUGGCGCAUCGAAGUGCCGGAGCUCUUGAGAAAUGGCUCGGUGUUCGAUCGAUGGUUUGAAGACAAGGAGACUACUGAAUACGAGCCGAAUUGCCUAUUUAAAGUCGACGAGUACAGUUUCUUCAUAUAUUGGAAAAGUGACGGCAAGGAUGGCGAUGUUAUAGAACUGGCUCAAGUGAGCGAUAUUCGUUAUGGGGGGACACCAAAGGAUCCAAAGUUAUGCAAUAAAUUAAGUAAAUACGGAACGUUUGAGCAAUUAGAUCAAAAAAGUUUAACUAUCUGCUCCGGAGUGGAUUAUACGAAUAUUACUUAUCAGCACAUUGUAUGCCCGGAUGCACAAAUAGCUAAGGAUUGGCAAGCUGGUUUGCGUUUAAUUACGCACAAUACAAAAGCAAGUAACGUUUGCCCAACAAUACAGCUUAUGAAGCAUUGGAUGCGGCUAAGUUUUCAAAUCGAUUCGAAAGGAAAGGUUCCUGUGAAAGUGAUAUCAAAGACUUUUGCAUCUGGAAAGACCGAGAAACUCGUUUAUCAAGGAUUAUCGGAACUAGGUCUGCCCAAUGGAAAAAACGACAAAAUAGAACCAGAGGCCUUCACGUUUGAUAAAUUUUAUAAUUUGUACUUCAAGAUAUGUCCUAGGAAUGAUAUAGAGGAGCUUUUUCAAUCCAUCACGAAAGGGAAAAUCGAUACCAUAAGUUUGCAGCAAUUGGUGGAAUUCAUGAAUACAAAGCAGAGAGAUCCGCGACUCAAUGAGAUCUUAUAUCCACUGUAUACAGAAAAGCGAUGUAUCGAGAUCAUCAAUGACUACGAAACGGAUGAGAAAGCAAAAGCGGAAAAGAAACUGACGAAGGACGGUUUUAUACGAUACUUGAUGUCAGAUGAAAACGCGCCGGUAUUUUUAGAUAAAUUGGAAGAAUGGAUGGACAUGGACCAGCCGCUCUCGCAUUAUUAUAUCAAUUCGAGCCACAACACUUAUCUUAGCGGCCGUCAGAUCGGUGGCAAAAGUACUGUUGAAAUGUAUCGACAGGUUCUGCUUGCUGGUUGCAGGUGCGUCGAGUUGGAUUGUUGGGAUGGAAAAGGCGAAGAUGAGGAGCCGAUUAUAACUCAUGGCAAAGCUAUGUGUACCGACAUCCUUUUCAAGGAUGUGAUUUAUGCUAUAAGAGACACUGCAUUCGUCACUUCCGAGUAUCCCGUAAUUCUGAGUUUCGAGAAUCACUGCUGCAUGAAGCAGCAAUAUAAAUUGGCUAAAUAUUGCGACGAAAUAUUUGGUGACCUGUUGCUGAAAGAGCCCUUAAAAGAUUAUCCCCUUGAGUCUGGAUGUCUUCUCCCUCCGCCAAGCGCAUUGAAAAACAAAAUAUUAAUAAAAAAUAAACGAUUAAAGCCGGAAGUGGAAAAAAUCGAGCUCGAGCUUUUCCGCGCCGGACAAUUCGAAGACAAGGAUGAAGUUGUAGAAGAUGCCAGUGCACCCGCAAAUGCUCCACCUCCAGAACCAGAGCCUCCGAAGGAAGGCGAAGCUCCUGCCGGAGGCGAAGGUGCUGAAGAGGUACAAGCAAUCCAAUACACGGGCAGUACAAUGCAAGUUCAUCCUUAUCUUUCGGCAAUGAUAAACUACGCGCAGCCAAUAAAGUUUCAGAGUUUCGAAGCUGCAGAGAGCAAGAAUAUACAUCAUAAUAUGUCUUCGUUCUCCGAGACUGCCGCUCUUAACUAUCUGAAAACUCACUCCGUGGAGUUCGUUAAUUACAACAAGCGGCAAAUGAGUCGAAUAUAUCCAAAGGGCACGAGGGCUGAUUCAUCGAAUUACAUGCCCCAGGUUUUUUGGAAUGCUGGCUGUCAGAUGGUGGCUUUGAAUUUCCAAACUCCUGAUUUGCCGAUGCAGCUUAAUCAGGGAAAAUUCGAGUAUAACGGUACGACGGGUUAUCUGUUAAAACCGGACUUCAUGCGAAGACCCGAUCGAAGCUUCGAUCCCUUUUCCGAGGACGUCGACGGUAUCAUCACCGCGCAGUGCGCAGUUCAAGUCAUAGCCGGGCAAUUCUUGUCGGAUAAGAAGGUGGGCACGUACGUAGAGGUAGACAUGUACGGUCUACCAGCAGACACGAUCAAGAAGGAAUUCAGAACACGGAUGGUGCCGGCGAACGGUCUGAAUCCGGUUUACAAUGAGGAACCAUUCUUGUUCCGGAAGAUUGUGCUUCCUGAUUUAGCAGUACUCAGAUUCGGUGUGUACGAAGAAAAUGGCAAAUUGCUCGGACAGCGAAUCUUACCUUUGGACGGCCUUCAGGCUGGUUACAGACACAUCUCCUUGAAGACCGAAGCGAACUUUCCGAUGGCGUUGCCCAUGCUCUUCUGCAACAUAGAGUUGAAGAUUUACGUCCCCGAUGGAUUCGAAGACUUUAUGGCCGCCUUGUCGGAUCCGGGCGGUUUUAGCAAGGCCGCCGAGAAGCAAACUGAAACGAUGAAGGAACUCGGAAUAGAACAGACCGAUGCUAAAAAGAAGAAAGAAGAAGAAACGAAAAAGGCAGAGACAUUGAAACUGGAACCUAUUACGUUAGAAUCCUUAAAAAGGGAGAAAGGUUUUAAAAUAGGCAAAAAACACCAGAAAGAAUUGGAUACUCUAAAAAAGAAACACGCUAAAGAGAGGCAAACUAUGCAGAAGAAUCAUUGCAGUGCCAUCGAAAAAUUAACUAAAGGAAAAGACAAAAAUACUUUGGCGCAAGAUGCAAAUGUCAAGAAAAUUAUAAACGAACAAACGGCUCAAUGGUCUACCAUAAUGGAAAAGCAGAGAAAGGAGGAAUGGGAUUUAUUGAAAAAUCAGACACAGAAUUCUCGUGACGAGUUAAAGAGACUGAUCGAGAUUGUGCAAGCUACACAAAUUAAACAAUUACAGGCGAAGCACGACAAAGACAUAAAAGAUAUGAAUACCAAUCAAGCGAAAGUAUCCGUGGAAAUGGCAAAAGAGGUAAUGAGUGAUAAGACUUUGAAGACAAAAGGUGAGAAGGACAGGCGACUUCGCGAAAAGAAGCAACAGAAUACGAAGAAAUUCGUGGAAGAGAGAAAGACUAUAGAAAUCAAGCAAGGUCGUGAGAAAGAGAAGCUGAAGGCUACACAUGAAAAACAAGUAGAAGAGUUGGACAAGGACAUCAAUACAAGUAUUGAAAUAUACGAGAAUGAAGUGGUUGAAUACAAUUUAUCGCCUAAGACGGAAUUCUAUAUAUAA